AUGAGUAUCGCAAAUGCAGUGAAGAUUAUAAAAGUAGAAGCCACUGCGUGGUUCCCACGUAACGACGUGCGAUUUAGAUCGUAUGAUGAGGGACCGUACCAUGAAAAGGAUUAUAAUGUCCAGCUGCAGGUGGAGGAGGAGUCUGUGCUGAUCCAACUACAGGCAUUGGCUUCGCUGAUGGGACCUGCUCAUGAUCAGUUUCCAUGCUUUCGGGGGCUUUGGGCAUCAACCUCUCAUGCAACUUAUUAUAUUCUCCAAUGAAGUAGUCCAAGUCUUUGUGUCCAGCUCGUUUGAAAUACUCAAUAUCAUAUUCGUUCAUCAAUGAUAGGCAAUGAGGCUGACCCCAAAUAUAGCCAAUUUGUCCGAUCAAUUUCAACAAUUGGUACUUCGCACAAUGGUCAGUAUCCAAGUUCUUGA